AACACCCAACGACGACUCAAAUGUAGCAGAGAUUGUAUAUUCUAGACACGGUUUUCGGGAAGAAAUAAUGCGGUGAUAAGAGGGUAGCCCAACCGUGCGAAAACACUGAUUUUAACCGCCUGAUCGCCCUCGUAUUGAACGAUUGGGAAAACUCGUACAGGUAGCAAGCAAUCUUAACAGUUGACAGAGUCGAUCUAUAACCAAAGAAUGCAGGUUUACUUUCAGUCUGUUAGGUUAAAGUUGUUCUUUAUUAUACUGGGAACUAUCUACAUUUAAUAGUUUUCUCAAAGACAAGUAUAAUACGCUGUACAGCGGGAGUUAUAUCUCGCUACAAUUACGUCUGGAUUCGAGUGUCAACAUACGGGUUUUAAAUAUUUUGCGCCUCCAAACUACGGCUGCGUAACGUUGGUUCUAUAUAUAUGUAUUUCAAGUGGGAGGCUGUGUUAUGCAUUUACUAAUGCUAUUGUUUAUUGAAUUAUUUAUUGUUUUUUGACAGUUUACAUGGAUAUUUCUAUUCGUUGGCUGCUUUUCUGCCAUUCGCCACUUUUCUUCGUAAUAACAAGUAUUUAAACUACAAUACUAACAGUAGCAUUAUACAAUUUAUAUACAAAUUGACAGUUAAUUCGAAUAAUAAUCGCUAUAUUUUUUCAGACGAUUCGAUGAUGUGGCUUAUUUUUCAAGGAAAAAAGUUCAAGUUAAUAGUUAGCUUUGUGAUAUGUUUAGCUUUCGUAACGUGGAUAACACUAUUUUGGAAUUACAAUUAUAGCAGGUUUCCUUUGAAGCAAAAAAAUAUCCAUGCUCAUAACGAUGACCGCGAUUAUCUCCAACUUGACAAAUUCUAUACGACUAUAGUGGGAAAUAUAUCUUCCGUAUCGACUAACUUUAGCGGGUUGACAACCAGACAACCAGAAACUACGCGACAGAAAUCAACCUCGGUAAACUUAGUCACCCGAGAUGAAAUUAACGUUAAGCAUCAUCUCGGUAGUGAAAGCACAAGUAGCUGUAAACUAGACUGGAACUUCCCAUAUAUCAACAUCUCCAGUUAUGAGAACAACCCAGCCAAAUUACCAGAACAAAUUUCAAACACCACCGAUGUUCGACCGGUAUUUACGAAUCCAACAUUGUAUUUGAGGCCAGAUAAAUUUUUAUACCCGGUAGGAAGAUGGGGACCCAACAACCAGUUGUUUGGAUUCUUUGAGGCAAUAUUUGUUGCUGUUGUGUUGAACAGAACGUUCGUGCUGCCGAGAUUUGUAAAACAUUAUCGUGAUAAGCAGCGUCAUUCAACUGAAUUCACUUCUCCAAGUCAUUAUGUAGACGCGGAAUAUUAUUGUAAAUUUAUUUCUUGUAUUACACUGGAAUCUUUCCAAAAAGCCUGUGGAUUUAAAAUUGAUGCAAUUAUGAAUACAAAGUAUAUGAAGAUCAACCAUUUCGACGACAUCAAGCGACAUUCGGGAAUGCGAUUCUCACCUGGUUUGUCAGACCUGUCUGAACUACUUUUGCCUCCAAAUGGAACAUCGGAAGAGAAGAAUGAAUUGACAUUCACCGCCAGAGAAGUUCAAAUGUAUUUCAAGACUCAAGCAAAAUGUGUCGUUUAUCCCUAUCCAAUUCUCGACCUGCGUACUUAUAAUGCAAGAGGCAAACGUAUCAAACUUCAUUCUUCAAAACCGUCGAAACCGUUUUAUGAAGCUAGAAAUUCAAGUCUUCCUGAUGGCGUUGAUCUAUUUGAAUCUAUUCUGAGCCACUAUAAAAGACCUUUAUUUAUAAGACAAAUUGCUGAACAUUUUCAUCGCAGAGUUAUCAAUGGAAACCCAUUUCUGAGUAUUCAUUGGAGAUACAAUGAAAGAGAUUUUCUUUCCAAAUUCCACUGUAACAAUCGAGAUAUAAAUAAAAAGAUUUGUAGUCAAGCAAAAUCAUUUACGAUAGAAGACUUCUUUCAAAAGAUCGAAGAAAAACUCGAUGAUAUUGAAAAGAAAGGAUUCAAUAUAACUCAUGUUUAUUAUGCUGCCCCACCAAAUUCAUUGCUGAUGAUGAAACCGUUAUCUAAGCUCUUGCGCGAAAACAGAGGUAUUGAUAUCUUUUCGUCCAAGGAGCUUAUUCAAUUUUUGAAAUCUGAAUACAACAAUUGUGAAUUUUUAACAAAACAUUUCGACGACAUUAUUUCAACCACUGAAAUGGAGAUUUGUUCUCGUGGAUUCGCAUUCAUGGGGUCUCAAGGUACAACAUGGACGGCCAAUGUUAUUAAAUCAAGAUUAUUUGGAAAUAUUACUGGAAUAAGAACAGAGUUUGAUGACCUGGUCUUUGAAUCCAAACUUAAAAAGUAAUUGACGAGUCUCACGCUUCGAGUGAAAGGAGAAGGUGCUCGCGGGUUAAUAAUCAGUCCACAAUCUACGGAUGUCUACUUUGCGGAAGAACAAUGUUGCAACUUGCAAGUGAUAUAUAUACUACGAACAAUCAACGUAUAAUCAAUAUUGAUAUAUUGCAUUUUUCGUGCUUUAAAAUAC